AUGAGCCUUUUUGCAGUAGAGGCAUAUGGGAAGCUAAAGGAGGGCAAUGUGAAUAUAUAUCCCUGUGGGAUUGUAAUAAGUCCCAGAGCAGCAUGGAUGGCUGCUUCUCCAGACCGGAAGGUGCUAGACCCCAGCUCCAACCCUCCUUUUGGUCUACUGGAGGUGAAGUGUCCAGACCUGCGGAAUAAGGACCUCUGUGAUCUGCAGUACCUCAGCCUGAAGGACAAUGGCCAGCUUGCUCUUAAGGCAACAUGUAACUACUAUCAUCAGAUCCAGAUGCAACUGGCAAUGACUGGUUUGAAAUGGUGUGAUUUCUUUGUCUGGUCUGAAAGGCAACACCAUCUCGAGAGAAUUGACUUUUGUCCUGAGAGCUGGCAAAGGGUGAAAGACAAGGCAGAUAAAUUCUUCUUUGAUUACCUUCUUUCAUAGUUUCUGUACUACUAUGUUAGAAGUCAUUUCUCUGAUUAUUUCAAUUACC